AGCUCAUUUGCAUAUUACUCAGAAUUCACAAUGACAAAGGAGCUGAAUCCUAUAUGCACCUGGUGCCAAAGAAGGGCACUUCUGCUAAUGUUCAGUUUCUUCCUCUUCUCUGCCUCAUUGUUAACAUCUGAUGCUUGUCAUCCAGCGGACAAAGCAGCGCUGCUAGACUUCAAGAACAAGAUCACAUCAGACCCCUCAAAAUUGCUCCAUACAUGGACUCCAACAACAGAUUGCUGUAAAAGCUGGCAGGGUAUCGCUUGUGACACCUCUGGCAGAGUAGUGAACGUCUCUCGAUCUGGCCUUACUGGUGAUGACUUCAUACUCGAUACAUCCAUGUCUGGAACUUUAUCUCCUUUGCUUGCCAACAUCUCCUAUCUUCAAUUGCUCGACCUCAGCAACCUCAAGGAUUUGCAGGGUCACAUUCCUCCCGAAUUUGGCAAGUUAUCGCGCCUAACUCAUCUUUUUCUCGAUUCAAACAAGAUUACGGGAUCCAUACCUGUUGCAUUGCGAUAUCUAUACAAGCUGAAGAAGCUAUAUCUCAGCGACAAUCAGCUAUCUGGUACUGUACCUUCACCUAUCUUUGAAUCUUUAACAUUGCUUUCAGAACUUGGGCUUUCAGGAAAUAGACUGUCCGGUCCAAUACCGUCUUCUAUUGGCAAGUUAGUUUCACUAACUAAGCUUGACAUUUUCCAAAACAGCUUCUCUGGUAGUAUUCCAGAAAGUCUUGGAAAUCUCAAGGAUCUAGAGUAUGUUGAUUUUUCGUAUAACCAAUUGACUGGAAAGAUACCAGAAUCAAUUGGUGGCCUCUCCAAUUUAGUGCUGUUAUAUGCAAAUCAUAAUCAGCUUAGUGGAAGCAUUCCUCCUCCUAUCUCUGGACUCUAUUCAUUACAGUUUUGCCGUUUAUCAGACAACACGUUAACUGGCAGCAUCCCAGCAUCAAUUGGCAAUCUUCGGAAUAUUCAACGACUGAUCUUUGAGAACAACAGGCUUACUGGGAAACUACCUGCAACUAUAGGACAUCUUGCUGGUCUUACAGAUAUAUUCUUCUCCAAUAACAUCUUCACAGGAAAGAUCCCAUCAAGUUUUGGCAAUCUGCGAAACUUACAGACGCUAGAUUUGUCACGAAACCAACUCAGUGGUCCGAUCCCUCCACAGGUAGCUCAAUUGCAGAGAUUACAGUCGUUGGACCUGUCAUUUAAUCCUCUUGGACUAGUGAGCAUACCCAAUUGGUUCCAAGAAUUAAAGGUAUUUCGCCUCUUGUUGGCUAAAACAGGUCUCCAAGGACAGCUUCCACAAUGGUUGGCUUCAUCAUCACUGUCAACUCUGGAUUUAUCAGACAAUGAACUGACAGGAAAAUUGCCCAAUUGGAUAGGAAACAUGACAAACCUCUCCUAUCUGAAUUUAUCGAAGAAUGCAUUCCACUCUUCAAUUCCGGAGGAAUUCAAGAAUCUCUCCCUUCUGAUGGAUCUUGAUCUUCACUCCAACAAAUUCUCGGGAGGGCUGAAAACCAUUUUGUCGAAACAUUUCCAAGAUCCACUUGGGCGCUAUAACUCCAUUGAUCUUUCCUACAAUCUAUUUGGUGGUUCCAUGGAGGAGGCCAUUGGAGACGAACCGUCAUUAGCUUCCCUUGUUAUCCUAAUUCUGUCGCACAAUCGACUAGAAGGGUCCAUACCGAAGUCACUAGGAAAAUUAAGUGGACUGAUGACUUUACUGCUAUCGCAUAACUAUUUGAGUGGUGAAAUCCCGGAAGAAGUUCUGAAUCUAAAAUCGCUCCAAGAUUUUGACGUCGCUGGGAACAAGCUAAGUGGAAGAAUUCCUGCUCACAACGCCACCAUCCCAAAGACUGCAUUUUUAGGCAAUCCUGGCUUGUGUGGAGCUCCACUACCUCCUUGCAAGCACUCCUAAUUAUGCAUCUCUCAGAGAUCAUCCUUACUGUUACAUUUUGUGGUUUUUUAAAUUUAUACACUACUAUAUAAUUCAUUGGAAACCAGUGUACGUUUCGAAGGCAGCA